AUGAGCGACUUCGAUUCCGGGGACGACCUAUUCGAUGGUGUAGAUGCUGACGAGCUAGCAUCUGCUCAAUACUCUUCCCCUGCAGCAAAGCGAAAACGAGAACUGGAGGACCCCGAGGGCGCUGACUUGCUGAAGAGGCAUCGCAAUGUCUCCAAUGGAACGAAUCUUGCCGACGGCGAGUCAUCGGCCCUGAUGGACGUUGCUCAGAACCUGCUCACCGAAACAUUCGGUUACACAGCGUUUCGUCACGAGCAGGCAGGCGCAAUUCAAAGGCUUCUCGCUGGCGAGAGCGCCCUGACCGUUUUCCCCACUGGUGCUGGAAAGUCACUCUGCUAUCAGAUACCGGCCUUUGCUUUCGAGCAACUUGACUUGAGAAGCGGCUCAAAGGCGCCCGGCGAGCAUGGCGUCAGCAUCGUCGUCUCACCCCUUAUCGCGCUGAUGAAGGAUCAAGUCGACGCGCUGCAACGGCGAAACCUUGCAGCUGAAUGCCUUGACUCGACCAAAACGUGGGAGCAGGUGCAGCAGAUCUACGCAGGUCUCCGCCAAGGCACGCUUCGUCUCCUGUACUGUGCCCCGGAGCGCCUCAACAACGAAGGCUUCGUCGAAACCAUGCGCCAUGUCCGGGGCGGUGUUCGCCUCCUGGCUGUUGACGAGGCCCACUGUGUUUCCGAAUGGGGCCAUUCCUUUCGCCCCGAAUAUCUCAAAGUCUCUCGCUUUGCCGACGAGAUCAACGCGGAGCGGGUAGUCUGCCUCACGGCAACUGCGACGCCAAAGGUCAUCGAGGAUAUCUGCCACGCCUUCAAGAUCCAUCCACAAGGCGUCUUUCGCACUACCCUUUAUCGGCCAAACCUCAACCUCCAUGUUAAGGCGGUCAAAACAAAACAGGAAAAGUAUCCUCUUCUCUUUCAAUUUCUCAACGACAAUCCCGGGCCAACGCUCGUCUACGUCACUGUCCAGCAGCAAGCAAUGAAGAUGGCGGAGGAUCUGCGAAAACAAGGCUACGAUGCAGAACCAUUCCAUGCCGGAUUGGAUGUGGCAGUCAAGACAGAGCUCCAGGACAAGUUCUUGGCCAACCGAGUGCGCAUAAUCGUUGCUACCAUUGCAUUCGGUAUGGGUAUUGACAAGCCAGACAUCCGCAAUAUUAUCCACUUCGACCUUUCGUCCACGGUGGAAGAGUAUUGCCAGCAGAUUGGGCGAGCUGGGCGCGACGGGAAAACUAGCAACUGCAUGUACUACGUCUGUCCCGAAGACUGGUACAUCCGGGAAAACUUUGCGCGAGGGGACCUACCAUCCUGCCAGUCCCUAAAGGCCUUUCUGAACGACAUUUUCAGCCGAGAGAACGUGUCCAAGCCCCUGGGUGACAAUUUCAAAACAAGUCACUAUGUACAAUCACGCGAGUUUGACAUACGUACGGGCCCGCUGGCGACCGUCUACGCAGCACUAGAGCUGCAGUUUGGGCUGAUUCGAGCGAUAACGCCAGAGUAUAGCGAAUACAAAUUUGUGCCAACAAAGGUGUACUUCGCACGCGUAAGCAAAGAAAAUGCUCCGGAAGCCAAGGCGAUAUACACCCACGCGGCGAAGAAGACAAAGUUCUUCCACGUCGACGUUAACAACAUCGUUUCACAAACGGGGAUCCGCCGGGCCGACAUUGUCCGCAAACUGACCGAUCUGAAUAACGCUGGUGUCAUCGAACUCAAGGCCGGCGGCCUUGAGCAGCGAUACCGCAUCAUGCAGCCGCUGCCCUCUUCCGCCAAGGACGUCGGCGCGCUGGCUGACCGCUUGUACGAGGAUCUCUCGCGGCGCGAGGAGGACUCCCUGCGCCGCACCAAGCAGGUGGAGGACCUCGUCACCGGCGACCAGUGUCUCGCGCUGGCCCUGGCGCAGCACUUUGGCAUGGGUCUACCCGAAGGCAAGCCCAAGUGUGGCCACUGCACGCACUGCCUGACAGGGCGGCGGACCGUCAUGCCCCCGCGGCCGAAGAUGGCGACGGACAUGGCGGGCAUCAAGCGGAUACUCGCCGCGUGCGAUGUGCGUGACGACCCGCGAUUCAUCGCCCGCAUCGCCUUCGGCAUCAAAAGCCCGCGGGUCACCAAGUUGAAGUUGGACAAGCACGCGGUGUUUGGGUCGCUCGCGGAGCAUGACUUCACGUCCCUUCUAGAGGAAUUCACGAAGGCUUGCGAUGCGGUUGAAGUGGGAAACAAGUGA